GUCUGUCCCUUUAAACAGCAGUUGGUCUGUGAUCCCCACCCGCACAGCCACUUCCUGGUUUGGGGGAAAGUGAAAGUCCCAAAUAGCGCAAAGCGCUGAUGGUGAAAUGGCGUCUGCACAGGAACUGGAGAACCUGAGAAAUGAAGCCACUUGUUCAAUCUGUCUGGAGUUUUAUACGGAUCCGGUGUCUCUUGGCUGUGGCCACAACUUCUGCAGAGACUGUAUUUUACAGUGUUGGGGCACAGGGCAAGGAAGUGUGUCCUGUCCACAGUGUAGGCAGCAGAUUCCUCAGUGGAGUGUUCGGCUCAACAGAACUCUGUCUAACGUUGUAGAGAGUCUUCAGAGACUAUUCCUGAAUCCGAGGCUGGAAGAGGUGGGAAUCCAGUGUGGAGAGCAUGAGGAGAAGCUGAAACUGUUUUGUGAAAUGGAUCAAAGAGCGAUCUGUGUGGUCUGUGCGAUGUCCCAUGAUCACAAGUAUCACACAGUCAUUCCCAUUCAGGAAGCUGCUGAGCUCCGCAAGCAAAAGCUGCAGAAAGCACUGGACACCCUUCAGAAACAGUUGAAUGAAAUGUUUCAGUGUCAGAAUGAAGAAGGAACCACUCAACUGGAAGUGAAGAGACAAGCCGAGCGUCUGAGGAAGAACAUCGAGCUGAAUUUGCUGAAACGUCACCAGGUGCUGACCGAGGAGCAGAGACAUGAUCAACAAACUCAGACAGCAGGAGGAGCCAUCUUAGGACAAAUAGAAAACAAUAAGAGUGACAUUUCCAAGCAAAUUACUUCUAUUAACCAGAGAAUAGCGGAAAUCCAGACAAGACUGACUCUCCAGAACACCGAAUUCCUGAAGCUUCUGACAGCUCUGUCUGGUUAA